AUGCUGCACGGCGCUUUGCCGAGGGCCUUCCUGGCCCCCGGCCUCAAUUACUUGAGCUACUACAGUGAGGAAGUACACCCUGCUUACGCCGCGCCACCCGCCACGUGGCACAUCCCGAUGGAGGACCCGUCUUCGCCGGUGUACUCGCGAAUUCCGACCGAGCAUCACUCGUCGUUGCAGUCCUGGGAGUCCUCGAGGUCCUCGACGCCGUGCCCGUUGGACUUGUCGCUGAAGCCGCCGAGCACUCCGAAAACGGAGGAGAUGAUCGAAGUGGGCGAUGAGAAGGACCUCAGGACCCGCGAAGACGAUCAGCAGCUGGUGGUGGACGAUUUCGACACCUUGCGCAGCCCCUCGGCACACUAUGAGCGGCUGAUCUUCAACAAGGAGUCCCCUCGCCUCCAUGACUCGGUGAUGGACAAGGUUCAUCUGCCCGAAGAGAGCACCCGACUGCCGCCGUAUCCCAACGACUUCAGCUCGAAAUACCACCAGAAGCUCUUGAUGACGAGUCCCACGCAAUCGAUCCAAGGUUACCACCAGCAGCUGCUACUGACGCCGCAGCACCAUCUUCAGGGUGUGCACGCGCCGAUGACGCCACCCAGCACCCCGUCGCCGCCUCAAUGCCCCCGGAGAAGAGUCCGGGAGGAGGACCUCGCGUCACCGUCCUCGGGACUCGCCGUCUCCCUCGCGACCCCGAAGCAGAGCAGCGCGGAGAAGAGCAGCAACGGUCAGAGACCGAAGAAGAAGCACGCCAGACGACUCAAGUUCGACGAGGACACCAGCAGCCCGGUGUCGGGCACGGUGAUCUUGGGUCCGGACGAGGCGGUGGUGACCGGCGACAUCGAUCCCGCCUUCAACAUCGUCGAGGUAACGGAGGAGGCGCGAGCCGAGCUCGCAAAGAUCGAGAACCGACUCGGUCCCUAUCAAUGCAAGCUCUGCCGGCAGCUUCACGAGGACGCCUUCCAGCUGGCGCAACACCGCUGCUCCAGGAUCGCUCACGUGGAGUACCGUUGUCCCGAGUGCGACAAGCGCUUCUCUUGCCCGGCCAACUUGGCGUCCCAUCGACGUUGGCACAAGCCGAGACUGCCGAACAACGACGGCAACUCCUCCUCGCCGUCGUCCUCGUCCACCUCCACGUCGGCCGCGGAGAUCCCGUGCACCCGAUGCGAGGCCAAAUUUACCAGGCAGGCCGCCCUGAGGAAGCACUUGGCCGCUCAGCAUCCUGAGACCAACAACACCGGCAGCAGUAACAGCAGCAGCGAUGCUCAGGACGCCGUCGUCAAGCCGGAGGUCGUGCAGACCCUCGCGGCCAGCCAGUUGACCAACGAGAUGACCUGA